AUGGGGGCAGCGAGCUCCAGGGAGAACGAGGCGGCGGCCGCGGAGUUCGUGGACCGCGUGACGACGGAGCACGGCGUCACGAUCUUCAGCAAGAGCUACUGCCCGUACUGCAACCUGGCCAAGGGCGUGCUGGACGAAGCGGGGGUCAAGUACCACGUCGUGGAGCUGGAUCUGAAGAACGACGUGCCCACGGGCGCCGAUAUUCAGAACGCGCUGGCUACUGCAACCGGACGGCGUACGGUCCCCAACGUGUUCAUCAAGAAGGAGUCGAUCGGCGGCGGCACGGAUGUGCAGGCGCUGUUCCAGUCCGGCAAGCUGACGGAGAUGCUGCGCACGGCCGGCGUGCUGUAA